CUCUGCACUCUAUAUCGUCAAUGCGAGACCUCUGACAGAGGGGAAGGCUAUGCCGCGGUGUAUGUGACUCGGCAACUUGAUACAUCGCUCCGGUGCUUCUCGAGUCUCGACUGGAAGAUGCGCUCUGAUGGGUCUACCGCAUCUUACGCGCCUGGAACGCUUUCUCGUUUCCCCCCGUCCUAUCGGUUCGCCAUGGCUUAAUGGCCCCUCAGCGGGGUUUCACUGGACGCCACGGGCAGACCGAUCCAAACACAGGGGGUCACUGGAUGUGUAUAGCAGGUAUAGAGCUUCUGUGAGGCCUCCUAUCGCUGGGACAGAUAUCUUCGAGACGGCAUCGACAGUUCCGGCAGGAACGUCAUUACAGGAGAUCCCGAAGGACGCCUCAACGCGAUGGCAAGCACCCAUACCAGCGAUGAAAAGCGUGCCGCCAAUUGUAGCUCAGGAGAUUUCCUCCUCUACUUCUGAAGGCAUCACGAUUGAGGGUAUUCACGUCCCAGUCAAACCUCGCAGACCGGGCGAAGAAGAAUGCUGCAUGUCUGGUUGUGCUUAUUGCGUGUACGAUAUCUAUGCCGAAGAGCUCGAAGCGUACAAUGAAGCUGUCAGAGAGACGAGAAGCAAGCUCGAAGCUAAGUCAGUCCCUCCGUCCGACUGGCCCCAAGCAGUCCGGCCGAGCGAGACGGGGUCUGGCCGAGUCGCCGUGGAGGAAGAAGUCGUGGACCCGAGUAUGUCUGCAUUCCUUGCACUGGAAAUGAAGCUUCGGAAGAAGCAAGCACCAACAGGCAACGGUGCAGCUUUAUAGCUUUGUAUAUCCGAUCUAAGCCUCACUGUUGUCACACUGUAUCACCAUCAUCAUCGCUCUAAUAGACA